AACAAGAUAAUUAAACAUAAAGUUGUAUUUACUUGCAUUCAUGUAUUUUUCAAACUCGCAAACGCCGAUUGUUAGAAGUAACUCACUUCUUUACGUAGAUAUUGCAAGAAGAUUUUCGGAAUUUAUUUCUUAAAAGUUGUAUAUAUAGGUGAACAAUUGAGUGAAAGAUUUCGCAUUUGGGGUGAUUGGAAACUAGGUAAUUUAAGAAUGAUAAUACAUUCUUCUUGCGAUCUUCUCUCGUUUUUUUUCCUUGAAGUAUAAACCGAUUUCGUCUCCCGAUCAUCUAGGCUUGUAACAACUUAACCAGUUGGUGUGUCUUGUGAAGACUGAGCGUCGGUAGUAAAAUCAUUACGUUAAGUGUUUAACCAAAUAGGAGUUGGAAAUCAAGUGAACAACCUGUUGGACAUAACGUACGGCCCUGCUGUACUCGCAUCAUUAUCUACAGCAUGGCUAGUGUUGAUUUAAGUUUAGAUGACAUUAUCCAGAAAAGAUAUCCAAGAUCAUUCAACAGAGGAAGAGGUGGAGGAGCUAGAAGAGGCCAGCAAAGGCGAUUAGAAUCGAGGGGAAGGGGACAGAAUCAGAAUAAUACUGCCAACAAAAGGUCAAGUGGAGUUCAAGGACGAGGAAAUGGUUUAAAAUCAGGUGUUAGUGAUGCUCGUUUACGUAUUAUUCAAAAAAAUAGACAGAAAAUGACAGAUGCUAGGGAAAAAUUGGUUCAGAUGGCUAAACAGACUGAUGCUCGUGUGAAAUUGGAGAAGAUCCGUGAAAGGAGAAUGGAGGCUAUGGCAGGUAUUAGGAUGCCGCGAUCCAAUGUGAGUAUAACGAGAAGAACUGGUCGCAAUGGUCAAAUAACCCUUACUACUGGAAGGAAAUCUUCAACUCCCGUUAUUCGUCGCACAGUUACAAAUGAUCUCACUGCUUUACCUCCUCCUCCAUUAUUUGGCCCUCCAAUGCAGCGUAAUCUGUACACCUGGGUUAAUCCAGUUGCACAGGAUUCAUUGUCUCCAACAUCUUCAUUAGAUGACCUAAAUAUGCGUAGCGCUCUUGUUCAAGACCAUGCAUCACUUCAUCGUUCUGCAGUUCAGCCUACAAAUAUAAAAGUGGUUGCACGGAAUGUAGCUUCUCAGAAACAUCCACGAACAUUAGCUUCUGAUUCUGAGUGGAAUUAUGAUUCACAUAGUGCUAGGAGAGGAAGAAUUGAAAUUUUAGAUUCAGAUGAAGAAAGUCAUGUGGCAUCCUGGCCAAGGAGUGGAGGAAGUGGUACUGGACAACUUGUUGGUCGAAUGAGCUCUGAAUUGAAGGCAAGAUUGGAUUCUCCAAAUGUUGUGCCACGAACUAUGGGUAUUCUGUCUUCAUCUUCAAAUUCAACUACUACUUCUACUCCUACUGGACAUCGUAUUGUUGUGUCAAAUUUGCAACCAAGUGUGACACAUGAAGAUAUUCGGGAAUUAUUCGAGGAUAUUGGCCCAUUGAUGACAUCUCGCCUUGUACGACCUGGUACAGCAGAAGUAGUUUACGAAAAUCAUAAGGAUGCUGUGAAAGCUGUUGAUGUGUAUCACAAUCGCCAGUUAGAUGGCCAGCCCAUGAAAUGCAUGCUCGUAAAUGCAAGACCACCAACAAGCUCAUCAGGAAGAGGAGUGAAUAGUGGUAGUUCUUUCAAAUUGCCUAGUGGAGGAAAAUCAUCUGUUGUUCCUGAUGUUGGAACCAUCCACAAAGCCCUCUUCAACAAAUCUUGAACUUGAAGUCUAGUGUCUGAACUCUUGUAUUGAUGAAAUAAGACUUUAUAAAGAACAGCAAAUGUAAUUGGAAUAUACUUUACUAUCAUUACUACACAGUGAGAAUGUAUGAUUCCGUACUUAUUGCGGUAUAAUUUGUAUGAAUCUUUUGUUAGCGUCAACUCUAGGUAGAACUAUUAAUGACCUUUAUGUUUAAGGCAGUCAAUAAUUGCCUCUUAUGAAGUAGUUCUUGGCGAUUGUAUUAACUGAUCAAAAUUUUUGGUAGCUUUAUUUGAAUGUUUUAGGAUAUAUUUUCUUGAAAAUAUGAAUUUUCUUUAUUGCCUGUUUUAUUACCAUUUUAUGGUAAUGCUAAUUCUUUUGCUUCUGGCACUACUUUGGUGAAGCCAAGUAUUCAUGACAUCAUAGUUAUUUUCAUAUUGUAUUAUUGUAGUAUUAAUAAAGUAAGACAUGAUAAAGUAUAUAAAAUGUAAACAAUCUGGUAUCGGCCAUGUAUUUUAAAAGCACAUAUCCUCUUUCAAAUGUUAUUAAAUGCAUCAGUUAGUUAUUCAUGGAUUCUGUUAUUAGCUUAUUAAGAGCAAUUAUCUCAAUAAAUUUUGAAGUAGUUAAAAAAUUGUAUUAGUAUUAUGAAGGAACAUGCUAGUGAGAUGGAAAUGAUCAUGUCUUCAUAAAUUAGAAAAUGACAAAUUCAAAUGUAAUGUGUCUUAUUUGUAUCAUUAGAGCAAAUUUUAUUAUCUUAAGACUUCAUGGUUGAUACUAGUUAAUGCUUGAGUAUUAAAACUUGAAGCAACAAAAACAUUACAUAUUGGAAGAAAUUAUUUGUUUAGGGCAAGCUAUAUAUUACACUGAAUCUCGGUGGAAUGCCAUGAACUGCAAAGUGGUUUGUAAAAGGAAAGUUCAAGAAAAUCUCAUUACCAUGUGCAAAUUUCAAAUUGUAUUAGAAAAUAUUUGCCACUAUUAAAAAAAAACAGUACCAAGAACUCAUUGCCGACAAAAAAAAAAAGUCCAUGCCUAUACAGACCUUGUGUGAAGUUAAUGCUGGGUUAAGUGUUUAAUUCUGUACUAUAAUUUAGUAUUUUUCAUAAGAACUAUUGCAUUUUCUUUUUAUAAAAUAUUAGAUAGUGGCACAAAAUCUGGCAAUAAAUUGGGGUGUUCACUUGUAAUGAAUAUUAGUGUAUUAUGUAAAACACUUCACUGCCCUUUUGCACUUUUGUGUAAUUUCCUAAGCUAAGCUGUUCCAGUUUUUUCUCUGAACAACAUUUUGUGCUUUAUCCAAACAAAUUAAGAAUUGAUGCUCGGAAAAGCUAUGCAUGUGAAACUUUGUAUAGGGUUAAUUAAAAACAUUUCAAUCGUGUAAAGUUUUUUAACUUCAUUUCUGUUUGUAUGCAAUGAAUGUCUUAUGUAUGAUGAGAACAAUUAGAUAACAUUUUUAGAAAAAUCUCGUUUAAUAUUUUGUAUUUAAUGUUGUAUUUUGUAUGUACUCUAUACUGAUUAAAUGUGAUAUAAUUAAAGAAAUUCAGGAAAAAUAUUCAAUAUAAUUCUUAAAUGUUUGGAUAAAUAACAUGUUGUACAUUGAAAGAAGUGCAAGUAACAUUAGUUAUCACAUUAUUUACUCCAAUUCCAAAACAUUUUACUAAGAAAAUAAAUUAUGGCUAUGACCCGAACAAAAAAGUGUGUGCUAAAAAAUCUUUUUUAACAUUCAGGUUUGGUUUUUGUGUAAACGAAUUUGAAUGAAUCAGAGUAUGAUUACAUUUUAUAUUUCACUAUUUGCAUGUGGUGAUUACAGCAGUUAAAAAUGUAAAGUGCAAUCAUUGAAAAAUUAUUUUAUAUUAGAAUUUAAAUUUCAUUCUAACAAGUUUUACUCUAAUGAAAUUAUGCCAUUAGGUGGGCACACACAUGUAACAUGUGUAAUACAAGUUAUGUUACGUAAUAUACAUUUGUAUGAUGUAUAAGUACAAUAUAUAUAUUGUGUAUACAGAAUGGAAAUUUGACCAAAAGUCGCUACCCUUUGAAAAGGUAAUUGAAACUUAAUAGGAAAGGAGCUAGAGUUGAAUCAACAAUACCAAGUGAACACUAUCUCUUCGAUUAUAUAACAGUGCAUUCUAAUGUUGGUAUACAUAAGAAAUUAAGUGAAUCAAACCAAAGGUGGGUAAUUUAAAAUUUAUGGGAAGGUCUGACCCACUCUGUAUGACAUAAUACUUCAAUUGUGGUAGAUCAGAGAAAACUGGGUAAACAAUUUUGUAUAUCCCUUCUUCAUAUUUCUCUGAAAGAUCAUUGCUAAUAUUAAUGUGGAAAGGGGACUUCGCUUGUAUUUUAAUCCAAGGAUAGAUUGAUGGAAGUAAUUUUCCAUAAAACUAUUUUCAGUUAAAAGUUAAUGUAAUUUUAUGCAUUUAACUAAUAGUUAGGUUUGCUAAAGGAUGUCAAUUCCAGUACUUCUUUGUUGAUACUUAAAAAAUGUUGUGUUAGGAGUGAGCUGCUAAUCUUUGGCCUAACCUACCAAUUCCAAUUUCAUAGAAAAUUGGAAUAAAAAGAUUUUUGUUAUGACUGAUAAUAUUAGCAUGUUGUAAUGAUUAAUUAUUCAUUUGUAAUGUUACAUAGUUCCAGAUUACACUUGCUCUGUUGUAAUAUGACAUUGCAAGAUAAAAACCUUAAUGAAAAUUUGUAAAAAUAGAAAGAAAGUGCAUUAAUUUUGAUCCACUAAAUACCAAAUACGAUGUAGUGCUUGGAAUGAAAUUGAAUCGUAAGCAAUGCUGUUUGUUAUGCAAAUAAUUUCAACUUCAGUAAUAGGUAAGCUAUAUUUCCUCCUCUGGUAAAACAAAAUAAGAUAUAAUGAAAUGGUAAUAAAUUACAAUAAUCUAUUAACAAAAUUGCAUCAAAAACACCACUAUUUCAGAACGUUGUAAAUUUUUAAUCCCAUAAGUUUGUUUUAAAGUUAUAUGAAUUGAAAUUUUUGAACUAUUGUAUUUAUCCCUCAAUGUGUUCAUCCUUGUUAAAUAUCAAAGUGUACAAAUUUGCUUUUUAUUUUAACUGAAUAUUUUUUUUCCCUUCUUUUUAUAUGGUAUUAUCAGUAGUACUGAAAAAAAUGAAAACCUCUCAUUACUUAAUAGUUUGAAAGGGC